GGGGGCUGCGUUUGCUUGCUUUGCUUUUGCUCAAGAAGAGGCGGCGGCAGAGCAGGGGGAGCGAUGGGACUUAAGUUUGCCUGCAGCUCAGUGAUUCGAACUUUCCACGUUAGUCUUCGUGAUGGCUCCUCGUUGUCAUCUACCCGUUGUGCUCCGGGAUUAGAUUCGGUGGGAAUGUCAGAGAUCCGCCGAAGCACGCUGGUGGGACGCGGUGGCAGGGGUAGAAGCCAGGCCUCAAGGCUGGCUGAGUAGCUGGCUGCCGGCUUGGCGCCCCACUUCGAUGUCUCAAUUGAAGAAUGUGGAAGCCAGGAUCCUCCAGUGUCUCCAGAACAAGUUCCUGGCUCGGUAUGUGUCUCUCCCAAACCAGAACAAGAUCUGGACAGUGACCGUGAGCCCUGAGCUCAGGGACCGCACCCCCUUGGUGAUGGUGCAUGGUUUCGGGGGUGGCGUGGGCCUCUGGAUCCUCAACAUGGAUUCACUGAGUGCCCGCCGCACACUGCACACUUUCGAUCUGCUUGGCUUUGGGCGGAGCUCCAGGCCGACAUUCCCGAGGGACCCAGAAGGGGCUGAGAAUGAGUUUGUGACCUCAAUAGAGACAUGGCGAGAGACCAUGGGGAUCCCCAGUAUGAUCCUCCUGGGGCACAGUUUGGGAGGAUUCCUGGCCACUUCUUACUCUAUCAAGUAUCCUGAAAGAGUUAAGCACCUCAUCCUGGUGGACCCAUGGGGCUUUCCCCUCCGGCCUACAGACCCCAGUGAGAUCCGUGCACCCCCAACCUGGUUCAAGGCUGUGGCCUCUGUCCUAGGGCGUUCCAAUCCACUGGCUGUUCUUCGAAUAGCUGGGCCCUGGGGGCCUGGCCUGGUACAGCGAUUCCGACCAGACUUCAAGCGCAAGUUUGCGGACUUCUUUGAAGACGAUACUAUAUCGGAGUAUAUCUACCACUGCAACGCGCAAAAUCCCAGUGGUGAGACGGCCUUCAAAGCCAUGAUGGAGUCCUUCGGCUGGGCCCGACGCCCCAUGUUAGAGCGAAUUCACUUAAUUCGAAAAGAUGUGCCUAUCACCAUGAUCUAUGGGGCCAACACCUGGAUAGACACCAGCACGGGGAAAAAAGUGAAGCUGCAGCGGCCAGAUUCCUAUGUCCGAGACAUGGAGAUCGAGGGCGCUUCACACCAUGUCUACGCAGACCAGCCACACAUCUUCAACGCCAUGGUGGAAGAGAUCUGCGACUCGGUUGAUUGAGCUGCUCUCGCUGGAGGAAGUGGAGAAAGCCAGAGAGUCGCUCUCGCCUCCCUGUCUGCUUACUCACCCCUCUGUCCUUUCCUCACCAACUAACAUGUGCCAGCCAGCCAGAGUCUUGGGCUGUUCCCAAGGCAAGAACACUGAAGAGCACUCCUGACCCCAUGCUAAGGGCUGGAGGCAGAAGCCACAAAGAGGCCUUGAGCUCCCCACCCCGGGGAAGAAUAUAAAGGGCCACUUAGUACCACCCUGUUCUCUCCAUGCCAAGUGUUACCCAGGUAGUGGCUGUGCAGGACCCGCACUGACUUACGUUCCUUCCCUGCCAAAGGGAGGGCAGCCUUCCUCCCCUGGACAAAGCAGGGGCUGCCCUGGUCUCUCCCAGCUCUGGAACAUUUCUCGGGUUGGGUUCCACACAAGAACAUCUUUUCCCUCCGUCACCUCCUUGCCCCUCUCAUGCCAGCAUCCAGGGUCUGGUUGGGACCAGUUCCCACUUAGCUACCAGGAGCAGGUUCUGGAGUUCCCUUGUCCUUCAGGGUCCCUCCCAUGACCUGAGAGGUCAUAUCCAAAGCCUUCCUCAGCAGAUGAGGAACAGGCCAGAGCAGGACAAGGCUGGCCCGCGGUGACAGAGCUCUGUUCCAGGAAAGUUCAGGCUAGAAGGCGGGUCUGCUGACACCCAGUGCUCACAGAUUCCAUUCUUGAAGGUUCUCAGCAGGCACCAUAGCCAUGGGGUAAUUGGCCUAGGGUAAGCCCCGCCCUGCCCACAUUCCAGCCCCAUUGUGUAGGGGUGCUAUUGUCCUGACCUGUGUCUCAGCCCUGGCUGCCUAAGUCUGGAACACUCAAGUGCUUCCUUCCCUGCCCCUCUCCCUCCCAACAGGAAGGCCCCGGGGCCUUCCUCUGUGCCUUGGGCCCUGAAGCCCUGCCUGUAGUACAAAGCAAAGGUGGUCCCUGCUUGAGAGAGAAGAGAAAGGCCCUUCAACCCAGGGCUGCGUCUGGUUUCAUGCUCUGGCGAGACUUUUCUUCCUGUCCCCAGAGCUGAGGCCACCUGGAGCCCCUGCCCAUGGUCCAGUGGGGAGCCUCAUGCCAGCAGUUUCUUGUCCUUAUCAGCUACAGGAUGGUUCUCACUGCCUGGCCCUCCAUCCCUGCCAUCUCUCCUCCAUGGUCUCCAGUUCAUCCCACUCAACCUACCUGUCAUCCUCUCCCAGGGGCUGGUUCCAGGUGCUCCUGUGAGGUUCUGGGCAGUAGGCUGGGCCUAGCCCCAGAACCAGGGCAGCUUCCGCCUGCUUCACUUUUGUAAAGCCAACCCUUUCACCAGAAUAGUAUUAACUCUCCGUGCUUUGUACUACUGGUCCAGCGGCCUUGGGCUCCUUUUCUACAUUAAUAAAGAAAUGA